UUUGAUUUUUAUUAUUAUUUUAGUUGUGAAUCAUGUAUUCAAUUAGCCUAUAUGAAAGACUCGGUUAUAACCUGUUUAGGGUGUAAUGCACAGCUUAGAAAACAAAGUUUUAUGAAUCAAAGAUUUGAUGAUACUGGUUUAGAAAAAGAAAACUCAAUAAGAAAGAAAUAUUUAAAAGUAUUUAAUAAAACUAGAAAAGAUUUUAAGGAAUUGGUUGAAUAUAAUAAUUAUUUAGAAAUGGUGGAGGAUGUAAUAUUUGAGGCAAUCGAAGGUGGGGAUUCAGCAUUAGCAGCAGAGAAUAAACUAAAAGAAUAUCAAAAACAAAAUCAAGCAUCAAUCAUUACAAAUAAAAAAGCAAAAGAAGAGGAGGAUAUAUUAAUAGCGAAAAAAAUUGCAGAUGAACAAAGAAUAGUACAAGAAAAAAGAAAUAAAUUUUUAUUAGAAGAUCAACAAGAAUUAACCAAUAAGAAAUUAGAGAGUCAAAAGGUGAUGGAUGAUUUAGCAAAAGGUAAAAUUAGUGCAAAGGAACUCAAAGAACUUGAUAGAAAGAAGGCGGCACAAGCAGCCCAGAAACAAAAAGAAUCAUCCAAAGUUUCAGAACCAUUACCACCAAUUUCACAAGAGACUGAUAAAUCUGCAACUACAUUUACAUAUCAACCAACCAACAAACCUUUAGAUCAACAACAGAGCGGCCAACAACAGCAACAACAAGGCCAACAAGCUGUUCAAGCUAUGAUGUAUUCCGAGCCACAACCAAUAGGCACAUUCAAAUAUGAUCAAUUAGAAUUAAAUAAUUUAGUACCAACCCAACAACAAGCCGAUGUAGCUGGGUUUAAACAAAAGUAUAUUAAACAAAGAGCAUUCGAAGAAGCUUAUCAAUUUAUUUAA